AUGUCAGACACUUCAGUACCCUCUCGUCUGACGCAGCUACCACUAGGUGACGAGGCGCCACGAUACACUGCUUCCGAACUACACUCCUACUUCCAGCGCAUCCGUCUCCCCCAGAAAUAUCUGAACACACCUCUACUAUCAGACAAAACGCUAGCCACAACCAAACAACACGGCCUCCCAUUCCUGCAAGCUCUAACCAGACACCACACCAGUCACAUCCCCUUCGAGAACCUCGAGCUCCACUACUCCACCCACAAAACCGUCACACUCAACCCACGCGACCUAUACACCAAGAUAGUAACCCAGCGCCGCGGCGGCCGCUGCAUGGAAAACAACACCUUCUUCGCCACCGUUCUGCGCUCGCUGGGCUUUCAUGUGCGCAAUUGUGGCGGCCGCGUGUCGCGCGCCAUGAGCCCCUACCCAGAAGUGCGUCGGCAGCAAGCGUCCACAUACGAUGGAUGGAAUCACAUGCUGAAUCUCGUGGGAUUCGAUGCGGGCUGGUACGUGGCAGACGUUGGCAUGGGGGCCAUGGGCCCCAAUCUCCCGUAUCCCUUGCAAGAUGGAUUCGAAACGACGAGCAUUGCUCCCCGACUCAUCCGCGUCCAACGACGCGCUAUUGCAGAGUCGUAUGGAACCCACUCCAACGAAAUGUGGUGUUACGACGUUUGCUAUAACCCGAGCGACGAGGGUGACGAUAAGUGGACGCCGGUUUAUUGCUUUACGGAGACGGAAUUCCUUCCUCAGGAUUACGAGAUCAUGUCGUGGUUCACAUCUACGAAUCCGACAUCCUUCUUCACCAAAUAUGUCACCAGUACUAAAAUGCUCAUGGACGAUACCAGAGAGAGGAUUGUGGGGAGUGUGACGCUUUUUGAAGGCGGGGUUAAGCAGAGUAUUGGGCUUGAUCGCGAGAUUGUACGGGAUUGUAAGACGGAGGAGGAGCGGAUUGCUGCGCUGAAAGAGAUUUUCGGGAUAGAGCUGACGGAAGAGGAGAGAAAGGGGAUUCUACAAGACUUGAGAUUGGGUUAG